AUCCCCUGCCUGUCUAACCUGAAGCAGCCAGGGGCCCAAGGGACACAAGAGCCUCCAGGGACAGGUGAGGGCCGCCUCUCUGCAUCACCACUCAGGCAGCAUCACCAUAGCAACCCCAGGAGUAAACAAUGGUGCCAGAAAGGGUUUCCCCACAAAGCCGCUCCUCCUGGCUCUGAGGCCCAGAAGAAUGGCCAGUAACCGGCAAAGAUCACUCAGAGGGCCCAGUCACCCACCUCGUAUGGAAGAACCUUUCCUGCAGAUGGUCCAGGCCAGCGAGUCCCUCCCGCCCUCCCAAACGUGGGCUCAACGUGAGUUCUUCCUCCCCAGCGAGUCCUGGGAGUUCCCUGGCUUCACCCGGCAAGCCUACCACCAGCUGGCCCUGAAGCUGCCGCCCUGCACAGAUAUGAAGUCCAAGGUGCACCAGCGGCUCAUCCAUCCUUGGAAAGGGGGCACACAGCACACCUGGGGAUUCCACACAUGGCUCGAUGUGUGCCGCCUGCCUGCCACCUUCCCCACUCGGCCUGACAGGCCCUACGAUAGCAAUGUCUGGCGCUGGCUGACAGACUCCAAUGCCCACAGACGCCCCCCCACGGAGCACCCCAUCCCCCCUCCCUCCUGGAUGGGGCAAAACAGCUUCCUGACUUUCAUCCACUGUUAUCCCACGUUUGUGGACAUAAAAAGGAAGAAGCAGGUGAUUUUCAGGACAGUGAAGGAGUUGAAGGAGGUGGAGAAGCUUAAGUUGAGGAGUGAGGCAAGAGCACCUCCACUCGACGCCCAGGGCAACAUUCAGCCACCAGCGAGCUUCAAGAAGUACCGGCACAUAUCCGCUGGUGGGAGGUUCGAACCCCAGGGCCUCCAGCUCAUGCCCAACCCGUUUCCCAACAAUUUCGCCAGGAGCUGGCCCUGCCCGAACCCUCUGCCUCACUACCAGGAGAAGGUGCUAAAGCUGGUCUUGCUGCCCAGUGCGCCCCUGAGCCAGGACCUCAUAAAGAAUUUCCAAACCCUGCUAAAGGACAGAACUGCCUCACCCCUCCACCACCUCUCCAAGGCACAAGCAAGCAAAACUCCAGCAAGGAAGAGGAAGAGAAGACCUGGGCACUCCUAGAAAGGCUUCCGGGUGGGGGGGGGGACGAUCGUGGCACCCAGAGUCCCAGGCUCCAGUGUUCUCAAUCAACGCUCCUUCAGCAGGAGGCCCUGCGGUAGCAAAAGGACUCUGGCAUCUGCAGAACAGCCUCUCCACCAUCCUCCCAGCCUCAAGCCACCUCUGUACCCCAGGCUAUUGGAGACUCAACUGAAG